UAGGCUGAGUGGCAAUGCCUUCCAGAAUGCUAACACAUGUAACAUCCGAGUUUAGGAGGGGUACAUAAGUGACUAUGAUUGAGAUAGAUUCUAAGGUUACGAAGGCAACAUGAUUAAGAAAGGCUUGAAAAAAUUGAUGGCUGCUACGUAUGCUAACAAGGUGCGUCAUCUUUUUUGGUUGCUCAAUUAUAACAACUCCAAAGUUAACCAUUCUUAGCUUGGAGCAACUAUAUGUCGGGUGAUCUCGUAGGAGUUUUCUUAGGAAGCAUGUAAGAUAAAGCAAACUGAAAAGACACAUGUUAGUAUGUUGGGAUAAUCUUCAUUCUUAGAAGCAGUUUAAGCAGGUGGAUAGCAUAAUCAAGUCAUAGAGGAUGCUUGAGAAUAUUAGGGUCACUGGGUGUUGCAUCGAGAUUCCAAAUCUUGAUUUGAAUUCUCGGUCUGAUGGGAUGUUACAAUACAGGGCUAAACAAGCCUUUCUGAUUAUUAGUUUCUGGAUUUGGACUUGGUGUAAUUCCUAAUGUUUCACUGAAUAUAACCAUUGCUAAAUUCUAAGAGAGAAGAACACACAUUUCUGUUGGACUUUUCCUUAACCCUCUCUUUUCUAUUCUAGGUUAAUUUGCAAUUCCUCCCUAUGGUUUGGAUUAAAUUGGAAUUUAGUAUCUAUGGUUUAUAAAUAGCCCCUAUAUUAGGACUACUCAUGAGGAUUUUAUCAAACCAUAGGAACUAUUUACGAGGUUUUGUCAAUGACUAAAUUCUAACUUUUUUAAAGCACAAGGACUAAUUUGUAAUUAAACCUUCGUUAUUUUACAAUGUUGAUUAAUUUAGACAUGUUCUUUGGUAAUCAAUAUGAAGGUCUGGCGACUGGCUUAUUCCUUAGGGGGAAAUUCUAAUUUGUAGCUUCCAUAUAUGUUUUGUUUGAUGACUUUUACAGCUCAAACAUUAUUGACACGUAAUAAUUUCUGUUUUUAGAACAAAGUAUUUAGGCUCUGCCAAAAAUGGUUCUCUUCAACCUCCCUCUUCCUUAAAUGGCAGCCUCUCAUUGCCCUUUCAUUCCCCUCCCUCUCUCUCCACCCACCCUCCUCUCGCAUUUCUUCCCCUUCCCCCACCCCCCUGCUCUUUAACGGGCAAAGAAGAGGGAAUAUGGGGACCUAUGGAACAAUUCCGACCGAGCCACUCCCUUCAUCAAACCUACAUUACACUUCUCGGGCAAGAGAACGCAUCGCAUCAGCCCUUGGCAAACGAAGGCCAUGGAUGGAGAUGAUCCAGCCUCAAGAUCUAAGUUUUCCCUCCUCCUUUUUGCAGCUAAUCAAUAGAAUUGAGAACAAUGCCGAGUACUUCUGGACAAAUUACAUUUUCAUCAUAUUAUUCAUCCUCUUUCUAAGUUUGCUUUGGCAACCCAUCUCAUUGGUUGUUUUCAUCAUUUCAUUCCUUGCUUGGCUUUACUUAUAUUUCUUACAUGAUGAACCAUGGGUGGUUCGUGGUAGCAUAGUCGACGACCAAUUGGUGAUGGUAGUUUUGAUGCUAAUCACCAUAGCGUUGCUUUUGAUCACGGAUGCAACUAAAAACAUUAUAAUUUCGAUGUUUGUUGGCGUGUUGGUCGUGUUUGUUCAUGGAGCUUUAAAAGGCAGUGAGGAUGCCUUAUCUUUGGAUGAAGAAGGUUUGUCAGAAUGUGGAGGUGGAAGAGGGGUUAUCAAAAUGCCUCUCAAGCAUGCUGCCUCCUCUUCUUUCUCUCGUUCAUAGAACAAAAGCUCUUUAAACAUUGUGCUUCAUUUUAUGGUUUUUGAUGUUCCAAAAAGGCAAAAAAGUAUGGGCAUGUUUUGCAUUUCUAAAUUUUGUUGUUUAUGUUACUUUGAGGUUAAGGAAGUGGACGGUUGAUUAAUUUGCCACGUGGA